ACACUCCUCCCCCUACCACCCCGGGCCUCUCCUCGCUCGCUGUCUCCGCUCAAGGGCCAAGCCGCUCGCUUCCUCCGCAACAACAACAACCACAACCACCACAACAACAACAACCACAACAACAACAACCACAACAACAACUCCUCGCGCGCCAUGGUCGCCUAACAAUUGCGCUGUUCACGGGCAUCUCGGCCGCCUUGUCCGUCCGUCCCCGCGGUGGCCGAGGCGUACAGACUCGUCAUCUUCCUGCGCAGCGCCGUCAAGGCGUCGGCCCCCCCAUCGGCCCCCCCAUCGGCGCCCCCCUCGGCGGCCCCCCCGUGCCCCCCGAGCCUCAUGUCAGGGGACCCGGCCUUGGCCGCGGCUGCGGCGGCGGCAACAACAUCAUCGGCAACAGCAUCGGCGUCGUCGUCUCCUCCUCCGGCGUCGACUGCUGCGGUUGCGGCGGUCGUGGUGGCCUCGGGAGGGCCGGGUGGCCCCGCGCUCGUGCCGGUGUCGCUGCCAUCCGGGGGGGCCCUGGCCCCCCACUUGCCCCCCAUGCAGCAGCAGCAGCAGGCCGUGGUGGCGAUGUCCGCACAGGGUCCUGGCCACACGCCGGUCGGGCCCUUGUCUGUGUCGGUGCCGCCGAUGGCCGCGGGCACCGCGCAUGGUGCCAGCGGGCGGGCGGUGUCGUUCAAGGGCGUGAGCCCCAGCAGCAAGUACGUGAAGCUGAACGUGGGCGGAGCGCUCUUCUACACCACCAUGCAGACGCUCACCAAGCAGGACACCAUGCUCAAGGCCAUGUUCAGCGGGCGCAUGGAGGUGCUGACGGACAGCGAAGGCUGGAUCCUGAUCGACCGCUGCGGAAAGCACUUUGGCACGAUCCUCAACUUCCUGCGCGACGGCGCCGUGCCCCUGCCGGAGUCUCGCACCGAGAUCGAGGAGCUGCUCACAGAGGCCAAGUACUACCUGGUGCAGGGCCUGGGACAGCAGUGCCACGCCGCCCUGCAGCAGAAGCGUGAUGCCGUGGACCCCAUUUGCCGUGUCCCCGUCAUCACGUCCCUCAAGGAGGAGCAGAAGCUCAUCACCACCUCCAACAAGCCGGUGGUGAAGUUGCUGUACAAUCGUAGCAACAAUAAGUACUCCUAUACCAGCAACUCCGACGACAACAUGCUCAAGAACAUCGAGCUGUUUGACAAGCUGUCGCUGCGCUUCAACGGGCGCGUGCUCUUCAUCAAGGACGUCAUCGGAGACGAGAUCUGCUGCUGGUCGUUCUACGGGCAGGGCCGCAAGAUUGCCGAAGUGUGCUGCACCUCCAUCGUCUACGCCACGGAGAAGAAGCAGACCAAGGUGGAGUUCCCGGAGGCGCGCAUCUACGAGGAGACGCUGAACAUCCUGCUGUACGAGCCGCGCGACGGCCUGGGGGGCCCCGACAAGGCGCUGCUAGAGGCGACGGGGGGCGCGGCGGGGCGCUCCCACGGGCCUCCCGACGAGGACGACGACCGCGACCGCAUCGACCGCGUGCGGCGCAUCCACGUCAAGCGGCUCGACGACCGCUCGCACCAGCACCAGUAGCGGUGCCCGCCUCACCACCCCCCCACCCCCCCCAGCUGUGGCCAAAGGCGUCGGUGAGGGUGCAGCGGUCGGGGGGGGGGGUGUCAGGAGGUGAACGGCACUGCGCAUAAGACGGUUGUCGUCGUUGUUGUUGUCCUUCCCCCCCGCACCUCCGAUUAGCUCGGUUGGCUACGUACAGUGCGAAAAAAGUUCAACAUCCGCGCGCAUACGUACGAGGUAGGAUCGGGGGGUUGUGGGGGAAAGGAGGGGCGGGGUUGGUCUAUGGCAGGCGUCGGUAACCAAAAUAACAACAAGAGCCAUUCUUUUUGAAUGCGGUAAAAAAAACGAUAUUUCAAGAGCUGCACAAUGCAUGUAAAUACGAGAGACGGUGGUCCAUAAUACAUCACGUCACGAAGCGGUGAGUCCUGCCAACCCCUGGCUUGUGGGCACAAGAGCUAUUUCCUCCGGUCAUAGGGGCGCCUUCCGGUUCGCGCGUUACGCCGCCACGAGCUACGUCGCGGGCCAGGGGGUCAGUACGUGCGCACGGUACGUUGAACUUUGUUCGCCAACGUACGUAGCCGGACGGUGCUAAUCGGAGGUGCGGAGCAGAGCGGCACACUUUGGUUGUAAGAUGAACCGGGAAACCGACUUUGUUGACGGUUUGUGGUCCAAAACAAGACCGCCAGCAAGAGGGGGGGGGGGGGGGUGUUAUGUAAUACGCAUCUGGUGUUCACAUCCAUUUCAAAGAAAAUGUAAAAAAAUAACAACUGGAAAGCGCCCGUCAGGUUUCUGUCCCUGGCUGUGCCUUUGGCUCCUAAGCGGUGUCAUGAGAGCGGCACGUGAGGCGAGCCGACGAUUCGAUGUGUGACGAAGCGAGGCGGGGUUUGGGGGUGGAGGUAGAGAGAUCGCUCGUUGCCACCAGAGUCGUUGAGCGCGAUCGCUUGCGUUGGCACAGCACGGUUUGUAUGGGAAGGUCGACCCAUGGGCAAUUGUAGGGACUCCGUUCUGAUAAAUCAAGGUCAGGAGUUGCAGUGUUCGAGCCCAUCGUGCAUGCGGCUAGUCACAUGAAUGCCAGUAGCCGUCGCGGUUACGGGAGUUAAUCUUCCUCGCGGACAUAUCCCUUUUUUCUACCAGUUUGUUGUAUUUAUCUCAUAAUACACACGACAAAAAUACAUUUAGCAAGUCCAUUGAAAAAUGUAAUCCAAUUUUUCAUUGAAAACGCCGUAUUUUUCCUGAUCACUUUUUUUACCUGCCCAACAAUGCAAACAGGAGGUUGUUGCCAGUGGCCAAACAUGUGGGUAUAGUAGCCGGAACGUCAUAGUGCAGAGACGUCCCUAGGGUCAGUUUGAAAGCUUGUCGUCAUGCAGGGAAAAGUAUUUGGAAAAGACGGACGGUUGCCGAGUCGGAAGCAACCACCACGACCCAUCGCGGUUCUUCUCGCCGGUAGCUUCCCCCCUCCCCAAGAGAACACCACUCACACCUUAGAAGUCCCUCUCUGUCCUGCGUGUAUGCAAUGUCGUAGUUUCCAGUCUUGAGAUUUCUUUUGUCAGUUAGCGGCCUGUUAUCACCUAUUUUGAGAUGACGAAUCGGCGUGGGACGAUUGCGGUGGACCAGCAAAGCGUGACGGUUUCACCCUGUGGAUCAGAUUUGUUCAUCGGCAGCAGGGAGGCAGAGUCGGUAGGCAGCCGAUGUUUGUGUGCGGAGAGAAACGGGAGGGGAGGAGGGAGGGGUAGUGGGAAACUCUCCCCGCAUUCUCGUUGAACCAAAAUAAAUCAUCGUCGCGCAUAAAAGUCAUGCCCCCCCCCCCCCCCCCGUAUUUUUGCAGGUCGUGUUCUCACUUUACGCGUAAAAAGGAACCCCCCCCCCCAUUUGUUGAAGCGUGCCACACAUAGUUGGACUGAUCUGCGACGGUCCCACCUGUUUUGCAGAAUUUGAAGCUGGCAGGAGGGGGGGGGGGCAGCCUUUAACGACACUACCGGUUGGCAAAUGUCAUCCGUAGUCCUGGAAGUAACUCUGCCAGCACGGCUGGUUUUAAGCGCGAUAUUUAACAUACUGUAGUGUUUUAAAGGGGGCACGAGAUGAUUCUUAUAUUGUUAUGCUUACACUAAAUAAAGCAAGGCUAAAGUAGGCUUGGCGCGAUAAAAAUUAAAGAGUACUUGGAAAUUGUUAUAAUACGGGCAACUUACUAAACAAGUGCAGCGUGUAUGUGUGUGUGUGAUUAAUAAUUUGUUACGACAUUGCCAAUGUUUAGCUUUGCGUUUAAGGUGCAUGUUUUUUUUUAAAGUGUGUUUUGUACAAAUCACCUGUUACCCCCCCCCGCCCACCCCCCCCCUAAGUUCAGCUUUCACGAUGGGUGGAAUGAAGCCUGUUUUCGCAAUGCUUGGCUUCAAAGCCAGGAUGGAUUCCACGCGGAGUAAAAUACGUUAUCGCUGCCACUUGACCGCGUGUAACACGUGCAGUAAGACGCCCAGAUGCACACCUUGCACCGCGAAAGGUUUCUUGAAGCGCUGUGCCAUUUCAAAACGUGCAUUGUUGGUCAACCAUUUUUGUGUUUUUUUUGCUUUGCUGAAAACUGCGACGCCAAAAAUAAUUCUCCGCGGUGUGUAUUGUGCCCCGAGGCAGCCGUUAUCGCCGUGUUUUAGAAUUCUCAUUUGGGUGACUUGAGAUACCGUGAUGUACUUGGGAGAGCACGACCGCAGGUCUUUACCCCAUCACGAGCCUUGCCCAAACAAUCGCCUUAAGCCUGCCCCAAACCCAGGUGUGUAACUGCAACACACGACCGUUAAUGGCGUCGUCGGUCAAGGGCAUUCAUUCAUUCAUUCCCUGUGGGUUUCACUGGAGAGAAACCAUGGCCUUGUGUGUGUGUGUUGUGGCACUCGGAGACAUUGGUGGACAGAAUUCGAGGAGAAGUAGCGGGCUGGUCAUUUUAAUUGUUUGGAAACGAACAAACAAAAUAAUCGGGGGUCAUGAAGAUGUGUCGCAGCGAUACAAUGCAAGCUCACUGCCCCAGGCGAAAGGGAGUGGGGGGGGGAUCGAAGUGUGUUUUUUCGUAACGUGCACAUGAAGAACAUCUCUGAGUGUGCCCCUGUUACAGUUUUCAGAUCGUAUGAUGCUUCUGCUCCGUAUGACACUUCAGCUCCGCUGCUGCUCAGGGAUAUUCCCUCUAAAGUGUCUUCGAAGCUGGGGGGGAGUGGGGGGGGGGUGCUGAACCACUUUUCCAGGCUCUCUUAAGAUUUUUUGAGCUAAUCUCAAUUUAGUGUUUUCUUGAGCGAAUCUCAAUUGAGUGUUUUCUUGAGAUCGCCUUAAUUUGGAUGGGCGAGAAGCCCUUGUGUACACGAAGUUGGCGAGUGCAGUGUUUGCAGCUAGAAUGGGUUCCAGCCGAUGGAAAUAUGAGCGACCGAGUGAGCUCAUUUUGCAGGUGGAAAGACCGGCAUGCCGGGGGGGGGGGGGGGGGGCAUGCGUUGUGCGUGUGCCAUGCCAAACCUGCCCCGGGUCGUAUAUUGCCAGUGUCGUGUGUCUCGUGGUGGUUUUUUUACGUGUGGUGGUGCUAGCUUUUUCUCCACCGCGGUGUUUAAAGAGGAAAGGUGACAAUUUUACGAAAUAACUGUUUUGGAUUUUAUUGCGCAGGAAUCUUUUUGCUAAGUGUGUACAGUACUGAGAAAUAAACAUACAUUUAAAAAAUG